CAGGUCGGCGGCCAGCCACGCAGCCAUGUCGUCCCCUUCCUCCUCCUCCAGGCGCCAGUGGUGCUACCUGUGCGACCUGCCGAAGAUGCCGUGGACCGUGGUGUGGGACUUCAGCGAGGUGGUCUGCCGGGGCUGCGUCAACUACGAGGGAGCCAACCAGAUCGAGUUCCUCAUAACGAGCGCCCGGCAGCUGAAGCGGAGCCACGGCAUGCAGGACGGGACCGUCAGGUCGCCCGGUCCCUCUCCCAACAAGCACGGCGCGCUGGCCGGCAGGUCCGAGUCCUCCGCGGACGGCGGCAGGCAGCAGCAGCCCGACCGCUUCGACAGGGGAGGGAGAGGGGAGGGCACCGGGUCCUCCGGUGGUCGCGUGCCGCCCAACGGGCUCCACCGCGACCAGCCACCGCCAGAGGUGAACCGUCAGAGCCCCAGCAGCAGCCGGAGACCCAUGAUAGGAGCCGCCAUCCCUCCCAGUUUGGUGACGUCAAGCAUCGCAGGGAUCCCCCAUGGGCUGCUGGCGGGGAUGCCGGCGGGUCUGACCGCCAGGACAGCUCCCAUGAGCGGCCCCAUGAUCUUCCCCGCGCCGAUGCUGGCCGAGAUGAGCCGCAGGCAGCUCGGGAUCGGGAUGGGAAUCCCCCCCUUCAUCACUCCGGAGCUGGAGAGAGAGCUCAGCUCCUCCCAGAACCAGGCCAAGUCACAGACCCAGUCUGGCGCCGGCAAGAGCACGAGCCUGCCCUCCUCCUCCUUCUCCAUGGCCGGAGGCGUGAGCCAGACCAGCCCCAAGCCGGCCUCGUCCCCGGCCCGGCAACCGCGUCCUCCCACCGUCAGGUCCGGAGGGGAGCCCCUGGGGUCCAGCUCCUCAGCCGAGGCGGCCACCACUGCUGCGGCUUUACCCAACAACGGUGCCUCUGAGCUGGGCUCGGCGUCCUCCAGCAGCGCCCACUCAACUGGAAACACUCUGUCCUGCACCUUGUGUCACGAGAGACUGGAAGACACACACUUUGUCCAGUGUCCAUCAGUGCCAGGACACAGGUUCUGCUUCCCCUGCACCCGGGUCUACAUCCAGAGUCGACGGGGCGAUGGGGAGGUGUACUGCCCCAGCGGAGAGCGCUGCCCGCUGGAUAACUCCCCCAACAGCCCCCCCUGGGCCUUCAUGCAGGGAGAGGUUUCCACCAUACUGGGCACCGGCGCGGGGCCGGCAGGAUCCGGGUCGGCCGCUGCGUCUGGAGUCGGCUCGGGACCGGGAGCUGCGUCGUCAUCUUCAUCAUCAUCAUCAUCUGCAUCUGGGAGCGCAGCGGCAGCAGCUGGAGGCGUGGGCGGAGACGUCGCCGUCAAGAAGGAGAGGGAGACGUGAUGUUCCCACUGACAACCAGGACCCGACAGCACCAGAUCCACGACAGGAGGACACGUCUACACUGGACCCCGAGGAAGAGGAGCAGGAACCCACCUGCGUGAGGAAGAUCUCUCCUGUUUAUCAGCAACAUCAGCAUCUAAAGUUUCAAAAACUGUCCUCAGAAAAACAAACAAAGGUUUGGUUUAGAAAGCUUUUUUGACCCCUAAAUUCUAUUAUUAUACAAACAAAAUGUCAAAUUAUUUCUCAUUAAUUACUUUUCACAUCAUUUGAGUUUACCCCUAAGACUUUCCAGGAAACAAUCAUAGUUUUAUUCAGACCAAAAACUAAAGAGUUUGAUGUGCUGUUGGAAUCAGAUGAGCUUUAAUAAACGGUUCAAGUUUCA